CUGGUAACAGGGAACGCGUCGCUAGGAAGUGAAUACUGCGAGUUCGCGGCGAAUAAUUUGUUUUUUGAGGCAAUCUACGGCGAAAGUUUACGAAUUUCCGGAACGGGAGUACAGUUUAUCUGUGAGAAUAAGGGAGUAAAAGUCGUCAAAUUUUUCACAAUUAUGCGUCGUCGCGUGCUAGCUAGCUCAUUCACCUCUCGUGGCAUGAGAGAUAAAACAAGAUUAAGUUAGCAAGCUAGCUAGCAGCCCGCAGCUAGCUAGCUAGCCUAGUAGUCACAGCCAAUUACGCACCCCAGCUGGGCAGCAGAAGGUGGUUGACAGUUGAAGAAUAACAGUACCCUAAUCUGCUCAUAUGGGUUGGGGACCUGGGUGGUAGCCCUGCCUGCUUCCACAGCCAGGUUGUUCUGACACAAACAUGGGGAAACUUCAGAGCAAGUUCCGACGGUCGCGCUCUGAACUGUACAAGGCGACCAAAGGCGAUGGCGAGGAUGCUGCUGUCAGUCAGGUGGUACAGUAUGAACCCGCCCACCGGGAUGCCGUCAACUGUGUCACCAACCUGACCUCUGACCUCUGUGUGUCUGGAGGAGGUGACAUGGCAGUGGUUGUGUAUGACUGGAGAGGAGGGAAGUUAUGUCAGUCAUUCCAAGGUCACAACAGAGAGGUUACCAAGGUGGAGUGUUUUCCUGGCAGCACCUGGAUCUUCAGCGCGUCUCGGGACAAGAGUGUUAUGAUGUGGGACCUCAACCAGGGGGACGAGCCCAUCCAGGAGUUCUGUGGCCAUGAGCUGGUGGUCAACGGGCUGGCCGUCAGUCCAGAUGGGUCGAGGCUGUGCACUGGUUCCCGUGACAACUCUAUGUGCCUCUGGGACAUUGAGUCUGGCGAGCGUGUACAUAAGAACACAGUCUCCAGAAACCUGGUUACUCAUGUGUGCUGGGUACCUGAAAGCAGCUCGAUCGUUCAGACGUCCGAGGAUAAAACCAUCAGGGUGUGGGACAGUCGUACCUGGCAGGUCACGAACACGUUCCCAGCCAAGCAAUACAUACAGACACACUGUGACAUCAGCGCCAACGGUAAUCAUCUCCUAUCCAGCAGCAACGGCUUCGGAGGCCAAGGCUGUGAGGCUACGCUUUGGGACCUCAGGCAGCCUGGCUGUAAGGUGGUGGAGUACCGGGGCCACCGGGAGACCACUGCUUGCUGUGUGUUCCUGCCCUCCAGCCCCGGGGGCCCUGCGCUCGUAGCGUCCUCCUCUCAUGACUGUUCAGUCAAAAUCUGGGAUCAAAACACUGCAGCGUGUCUGACCACUCUGGCCCUGGAUGGAUCAGGUCCUUUGGUGUCUUUGGCCCCGAGUGACUCCAGCAGUCUGCUGUGUGCCAGCUUCAACACAGGUCUCCACGUGCUCCACCAUCGCACGGAUGGGCUGGACCUAAAGGAGGUGGCACGCUUUUGAUGAGGGCACAGGACCGUUGCCGGCAUGGUAACCCCAAGCCCUAGAUCCCCUACACUGUGGGCUACACAGACCUCCAGGCCAGUGGGACCCUUUAAGCCAGAAGGACCUGAUCAGGAGACACCAUCCCUGGGUCAGCCGACGGGAGAAGACCCCUGCGAGUCAUUCUAAUCAAGGAGAGCUCUGGACAUUGCACUCAGAGCAUCAGGCGAGGGCUAAUUGCUUUGGGAUGUCUUGGUACAACAGAAAUGUUUUGGAUGUUUGGAGGCUGAGCGGAUCGUGAUAGCUUUAGCAAAUACAAUUAGCCAAAUUACUAACUGUAAGUAGACAAUUGUGGAAUCGUUAAUCAGAUAGUUUUGAGGAAAAAGCUGUAACCACAGGCCACUAUAAUAAAUAAAUAAAUCAUGAACCGUCUAGUGCAGGGGUGUAUUCACUAGGAACCAAACAGGCCGAAACGUGGAGGGACUAAACUGAACUUGUCCAAUAAACGCAAAUGUUUGUUGCAAAACGUUUGUUUGCUACGGUUUACCACAAAUGAAUACACCCCAGUCAUGUAAAAUGUCUACUUUAGGCCAAACUAGGGUGAAACUUCCCAGGAGGAGAUUGACACUUAGAUUCUCUGACAGUUUAUUUGAAAUGGCUUCACGUGCCCAUUUACUAAUAUAAUAACAAUUUAUGCCACAUUGUAGCAGACGCUUUUAUCCAAAGUGUACAUUUUUUACGUAUGGGUGGUCCCGGGAAUCGAACCCACUAUCCUGGUGUUGCAAGCGCCAUGCUAUACCAACUGAGCUACAGCGCAACUCGGCAGUGCUAAUGUCGAACCCUGAUUGUGAUACUCGACUUCUGUGACAUACUCUGUUUUUACACUGGCAAAAUCUUACUUAUGGAAUGUAAUGUAUUAAACUGACUGAGAUACUGCCACACUGUAGGUCAGCGUUUGCCAAACUAGGGUUCGCGACCCCACAUGUUUAAAAAAUGGGUUCUCGAGAGAAACUGAAAUAAAAUGUAAAAUAUCGCGAGUGGUUAAUAGAACCUCCGGUGGCCGCUAGAUGCGGUUGUAAUAAACAGAGAGGUUUCUGUUUUCUUCAUACAAAUGUGGCUAUAUCUUUUGAACGGUUUAAGCUACAAAAUAUUAUGACCCCAUCACUGAAUGAUAAGACUCUCAGGAACACGUAUGUGGCUUCCCCUCUACAAUGGCCACAAGCAGGACUCAUUAGAACAGAAUGGACAAGACCAGGCACUAAAUCAGACUUGGGGGGUGGGGGGGGGAAGAACAUCAAUGACGAAAUUAUUUUCUUCACAGAAGAUCAUACAGUAUAAAAUGAUUGGCUGAUUAUCUUCUGAAUUUCCCAAUACCUUUGAUGCAUUUCAGUCAUUUCAAACCAUGUCCUUCAGAUUGAAAUACUGUCAAAGGUUCUGUCAGACUGAUUUGAAAUAGACUGUCAUAGCCCCAAUUUAAAACGUUAACGUUGGCAGUUGAUUACAUAACUUUUUAAUUUUUUUACAUGGUGGGGUUGCGAGGAGAAAAAAAAAUCCCCAUCAAAGUGGGGUCACGGGCAAAAACAGAGUUUGGGAAUCCCUGCUGUAGAUAGUUACCUCCGAGGAAUCGGAUAGACAAGGAGAUAUACUAUACCAACACAUUGUGAAAGGGUCAACAGACAUUUAUACAGGAGUUAACAGCCAGUUACAUGGCUAACACAUUCUGAUGGGAACACAUCCCAUAGUUUAAAUUUCAGUUUCAAGUUUGAAUGGCAUGUGUACAAGUACAAUGAAAUGCCUUUCUCGUAAGCUCGAAAUGUAGCACAAAAAAUAAGGUAGAACAAAAACACACGAGAAAUAGAAAUAAAAAGAACAGGAGAAAGUAAGAAGCUUUAUACAGCGUCAGUUCCAAUACCGUAUUAACAAUGUGCAGGGAUACUGGAGUGAUAGAGGUAGAUAUGUACAGUGGCUUGCGAAAAUAUUCA